CUACUUUCUUUCAUAAAAAUGCGGAGAUAAUGAAAAUGACGUUAUCAGCGAAUGCUAAGUGAAUAAUGAGAAGAGACACAGGGCCUCCGCCAGUAGGGCGACAGAUUCGGACCGUCAUGGCGAAAGUCAACCAGAGCCACCUCCUCCUCGCGACGGUUUUCCUGGUGCUGGGAACCGUCGUUCACGAUGUCAGCACAGCCACAGUGAAUAAAGAUUUGGAAGCAUUUAUUCAAAAGUCAUCAAGAAUGAUAGCAGCACCUUUCCCUUCAAAAUCUGGAGCUCCUGGAAAUGAUGGAACAACACCACACAACCCAACCACAGCAGCGACUGAAAUGACAAGUGAAAAACUUUCAACAACAGCAGCGACUGAAACGACAAGUGAAAAACUUUCAACAACAGCAGCGACUGAAACGACAAGUGAAAAACUUUCAACAACAGCAGCGCCUGAAACAAGUGAAAAACUCCCAACAACAGCAGCGUCUGACACAACUGGAAAAAUUUCAACAACAACAGCUGCCCCUCAAACGACAACUGAAGCUUUACCAAGUGACGACAUCUGGAAGGAAAUUGAGAAAGAGCUAAAUGAAAUCACUGAUACGCUGAAUGAACUCAAAGAAUUCGUAGAUAAUCCAGUUACAACAACGCCAGCAGUACCUACUACAAUGACCGAGACGCCAGAACCUACAACAACGCCAGCAGUAACUGUUGAAGUCGAGGGACAAGAAAAACAACCACUUAAAGCAAGGCAGAUGAUUCCACCUCUCUAUUUCCUCAGCAAAAUCGACUUGGGGAUAUUCAAGGAAGAGCAGAAAAUAUGCAAAUUAGACGACCCGGCUGAUCUCUGCGAACGGUUAACAUCGGUCCUGAAAAAUGUCGAAGCUAUUGGCAACAAAAUUCCAGACCUGGACGAAGCUACAAUGAAUGAUCUCAAUAUCGUUAGCGGAAACAAGACAGAGCUGAAAGACGUGAGCAAUAGUAUGCACGAAAAUCCGUCUUUCGUCACGGUUAAUCUGGACUCUGACGUAUUUGACUCACGCGUGGAGACUGUAAAUGAGACAAUUGCAGCUGCCAUAGAUGACAUCGAUAGUAAGCUGUCUGAGACCGACAACACCCUGGCCAUCGUGCUGGGUACAAUCUUUGGAAUCCUGGGAGUCGCUCUCAUAAUCGGCGCCAUCGUCAUGUACCGCAAGAAGAACAAACGUAAACAGGGUACGAGCAUGAACAUGGAGAGGAACGUCAACCCAUCCUCUAGGCACUCCAGCCAGUCUGGAGAAUAGUCUUAGAUAAUUCGGAAGCAAGAAAGAAACCAAAACUCAUAAAGAGGUUUUUCACGUCUUGAAUUUCUAGAAGCUUAAUACAAAAAUGAUUCAUUUUGCUUAAAACACGGGACAAUUAACUAACAGACUGUUAAUUUUGGGAUCAUGAAUGAAAGAAAUUAGUUCAUAAGGUACGUUUCUUUAUAGAAAGAUAAUUUAAACAACAGGGGACUAGAAAUAAGUAUUAGAUAUAUAUACGUAAGGUGUGUUGGAAUAAAAUAACAAGAGUAA